AUGAGUCACAGCGUGCCAGCCCUCAAAGAUCCCUCGCUCCUCAAGAGUCAGAGCUACGUCAAUGGCGAAUGGAUCGAUGCGAAAUCCGGCAAGACCUUCGAGGUCCACGACCCCGCGACCGGCAAGCUCAUCGGAACCCAGCCUGAGAUGGACCGAGCCGAUACCGAAGCCGCAAUCGCAGCCGCCGCAGCCGCUCUGCCUUCGUUCCGCAAGUUGACCGGCCGCGAGCGAUCACGGCUACUCCGAAAGUGGUUCCAGCUGAUGACCGACAACGCCGAGGAUCUCGCGACACUUAUCACAUGGGAGAAUGGCAAGCCCUUCGCAGACGCAAAGGGCGAGGUCGCGUACGCGGCAAGCUUCUUUGAGUGGUUCUCUGAGGAGGCGCCGAGGGUGUACGGUAACACAAUCCCCUCGAGCGUGGCUGCCAACAGGGUUUUCACAGUCAAGGAGCCGGUCGGUGUCUGCGGUCUGAUUACGCCGUGGAACUUCCCAGCUGCUAUGGUCACUCGCAAGAUCGGUCCUGCUCUGGCAGCUGGCUGCACCGUUGUUGCAAAGUCGCCUGGCGAGACCCCCUUCACAGCAGCAGCCCUGGCUGAGCUUGCCCAUCGUGCAGGUAUCCCCAAGGGUGUGGUCAACUUUGUCACAGCCAUGAAGAACACACCCGAGGUUGGCGAGACCAUGACCACCAGCAAGACGGUCAAGAAGGUGUCCUUCACAGGUUCCACAGGCGUCGGUAAGCUCUUGAUGAAGCAGUCGUCUUCGACCCUCAAGAAGCUGUCUUUCGAACUUGGUGGCAACGCGCCUUUCAUCGUGUUCGACGAUGCCGACCUCGACAGCGCCGUAGCUGGCGCUAUCACCUCCAAAUUCCGCUCAUCGGGACAGACAUGCGUGUGCGCCAACAGGAUCUACGUCCAGUCUGGUAUCUACGAUCAGUUCGCCGAGAAGUUCACCGAGAAGGUUAAGGGCUUCAAGGUCGGUGCAGGCUUCGGCGAGGGCGUCACCCACGGCCCCGUUAUCCACGAACGCGCUGCAAAGAAGGUCGACGAUCACGUUCAAGACGCCAUCAAGCACGGUGCCAAGGUCCUGGUCGGUGGCCAGAAGUUGCCCGACCUGGGCAGCUCCUUCUACCAGCCCACUGUCAUCCGCGACAUGACCGCCGACAUGCAGCUCGCGCAAGAAGAGACCUUCGGCCCCGUCGCCGGCCUUUUCAAGUUCGACACCGAGGCUGACGUUGUCGAGCUCGCGAACGCAGCGGAUGUGGGCCUUGCGGGAUACUUCUUCAGCAAGAACAUCCAGCGCGUGUACAGAGUGGCCGAGGCGCUGGAGGUCGGCAUGGUUGGCGUGAACACUGGGUUGAUUUCCGAUCCAGCCGCGCCGUUUGGCGGCGUGAAGGAGUCGGGCUUUGGUCGCGAGGGCAGCUUCUUGGGUAUUGAGGAGUAUAUUACGACGAAGACAGUUACGCUGGGUGGGAAUGGGGAGUCGCUGCAAGGAGCGUAG